AUGGUCGGCUUCAACAAAUUUUCUUCUCUCUUGAUUCUCCUUGUUUCUGUCUGUAACGGAGCGCCAACUACGAAGGGCGAUGAUCUGAACAAGAGAGAUCUGACAUCUGAAUCUGCUUUGACUCUAUCCGCCCACCAAAAACGACAAGGCUCUGGUAAUGGACCGCCUAAUAUGCCAACGAUGCCCAAAAUGGGAGAUAUGAGGAUUCCAGACAUGAAGAUGCCAGAAAUGAAGAUGCCGGACAUGAAGAUGCCGGACAUGAAGAUGCCAAACAUGCCUAACAUGAAGAUGCCAAGCAUGCCAAACAUGCCAAACAUGCCAAACAUGUCCAGUAUGCCUGGUAUUCCAAGCACGGGCAAUACUCCCUCACCCGAUACUCCAAGCACGUAG